AAAGAGAUUAUUUGAUCAUAUAAUAUUUAUGGUGACAGAAGCCAUGAAAGCCAAGGCAGAGGUGUACCAUGGAGACAAGACAUGCAGAGAGAAAUUCGGUUCGCUUUUAUCCGAAAUCGGGUUACCAAACCGGCUCCUUAGUAACAAGGAGAUCAAAGAAUGUGGAUACGUGAAGGACACGGGUUUCGUUUGGUUAAAGCACAAGGAGAAGAAGAAAGAAGAUCAGAAAAGGAGAUAUCAAGACUUGUUAAGAUUCGAUAACGUUGUCGUAUGUUUCGAAGAUGAAGUCACUGCGUAUUUCGAGCCUAACAGGAUCAAGAAACUCACUGGGGUUAAGGCUAAGGAGUUCAUGGUUUGGAUCUCGCUUGGCGAGAUUCAAGUGAACCGUUCCUCUGGUUUGAUUACAUUUAAGACUGAGGUCGGUUUAUUGUCCAAGUCAUUGCCUUUGUCGGUGUUUGAAGACGUUCAUGGUGAUGAUCAUGAUCUCAAGGAGAAGCCAAAAAAAGAACUAAAACUCAACAAAACCAAAAUCUAUUUGUACUAA